AUGGGCGAUUCGAACACUUGGGAUAUGAUAGGCGACAAAAGGAAUAAAAGCCGAUCGCCCUCAUUUGGAAGCAGAAUUGAAGCCGAGGUGAUUGAUAGCGCUGCAGAGCUCGAAGCUUUAGGCUUAGGAAAAGCUCAAUUGGAAGAGGAAGCAAGAAUGCAACGAAGACAAAAGAAGAAUCGAAGUAAAUCGCCAGCAUUGGAGAAUAUUCGAAAAGCUUCUUUGCACGUUCUGCAGAAAUUUGGCGCAAUUCCAAAAAAGAAAGAUGAGAGUGUUUUAUUGUUUCGAAACAUUGAUAUACCCGAUCUCCCUCUUGAUGCGCAUUGUAUACGGCCAAAAGAAUUUUUCGAAGAACCCAAAGUAUUUUUCUUUCGCGAUAUUGGAAGAGAACAAGAGAAAAUGCAGGUGAAUGAGAAAUGCUCGUAUUUGUUUCGGGGAAAUUCGUAUGAUCACGAAGAUUAUGAAUUGCCCACUGAGAUGUCACGAGUUCCCGAAUAUGAUCAUUUUUGUCCAAUUCACGGAUCUCGACGUCGUCUAGCUCGACAUCGACAACUCGUCACAAUGCAAAGUUUAAUGCAUUCGGUAGAUCGAGAAGAUGAAAAUGAGAAUCUUGCCUACUUAUAUGGUCAUGAUUUAAUAGCAAAAUUGGUGCGAAAAAAGAAAAGAGAAAUGCUAAGUGGGCCUGAAAAAGAGCGAGCAAAUAAAGUGAUGAGGAAAAUAAUGUCAAAUCUUUGGAUCAUAUCCGUCGCAUUUUUAUUCCUUUUCACUGCGUUCAAUGGCCUUCAGAAUCUUCAAACAUCAGUCAAUGAAAAUUUAGGAUCGGAUUGUUUAGUAGUCCUUUACUUAUCCCUAGCCAUAUCAUCUCUCUUCAUUCCAUCAUUCAUGAUUAGUCGAAUCGGAUGCAAGCUGACAUUCAUUGUGGCAAUAUUCAUAUAUAUUCUGUACAUUAUUGUUAAUCUUCAGCCAACAUAUUUUUCAAUGAUUCCAGCUUCAAUAUUUUGCGGAGUCGCCGCUUCUUGCAUAUGGGGUGCGAAAUGCAAUUAUAUCACUGAGAUGGGUAUUCGAUAUGCUAGUUUGAAUUUUGAGAGUCAAAGCACUGUGAUUGUCAGGUUUUUCGGUUAUUUUUUUAUGGUGGUUCAUUGCGGACAGGUGAUCGGAAAUUUGAUAUCUUCUUACAUUUUAACACUAGCAAUGACAAGAAGCUAUUUGGAACCCGAAGAUGCUAUAUACGAUACAUGCGGGUAUCAAUUCCCAAUGAAUUCGUCUCAACUCUCACCAAUAUCAGCAGUCAAUCUGCAAAGGCCUCCGCAGAAGGCGUAUAUGGCAGUGUGUUUGUCCUAUUUGGGAUGCGCUUUUAUUAGUGGAAUGAUCAUUGCAAUGUUUCUGAAUGCCCUUCAAAAAGAUGCCGAAAAUCGAAAAUAUGCACCAUCAUGCACUUCAGAAAUAUUGAGUUUGAUGCUGAAAAAUCUUUUGAAUAUUCGAUGUAUUCUUCUCGUCCCAUUGACUAUUUUCAACGGUCUCGAGCAAGCAUUUAUCGUCGGAGUAUUCACCAAGGCAUUUGUCGGAUGCGGCCUUGGAAUAACAAAAAUCGGAUUCGUUCUGGCUUCGUUCGGAAUUUCUGACGCAAUUUGCUCAUUAGUUUUUGGUCCAUUGAUAAAACUAUUCGGUCGAAUGCCAUUAUUCGUAUUUGGAGCUGUUGUCAAUUUACUGAUGAUUGUCACAUUGAUGAUUUGGCCUUUAAAUGCGGCUGAUACUCAAAUAUUCUAUGUGGUGGCUGCCAUGUGGGGAAUGGCGGAUGGUGUUUGGAAUACUCAAAUUAAUGGGUUUUGGGUGGCUCUUGUUGGUCGCCAAUCGCUUCAAUUUGCCUUCACCAAAUACCGAUUCUGGGAGUCAUUGGGAAUUGCAAUUGGAUUCGCCCUUAUUCGUUUUGUCAAUGUCGAAUUAUUCCUUUUGAUCACAUUCUUCGUUCUUCUCAUCGGAAUGUGUGGAUUCGUGGCGAUUGAGAAUUUCGACAAUUUAAUUGUUAGAAGUAUUCUCGACUGUCCAAUCAGCCUACUGUCCAUCGAAGGAUCGAGAGGAUCGCAAACGCGAAAAUCACAAACUCGCAACUACUCUGAUGGACGCUUCUCUAAUGACGAAUAUUUCGAAUUUGACUAA